ACUUUCUUAUUUUCUCCAAUUUUCAUCAUGCAAACUAUCAAACCCCUCAAUUCUCCUUCAUUUUCUUGCAAUAUUCUCAUCAACCCUAGUAAAAAAAACUCUACAACUCUUCCAAGAAGAGAAUUUCCAUCAUCGUCACCAUCACGACAGUCACUAUCUAAUUUACCUGAACCAAAAUUAUGUCCACUAAAUAUUGACCUGCCCAAAUUAAACCCAUUGCAAAAAGUUGCAUCCUUAGCUUUAGACAUGUUAGAAAAAUCAGUUAUAACCAAGUUAGAAAAAAGACAUAAGCUAAACCGGACAGUUGACCCGGAAAUUCAACUCCAAGGGAAUUUUGCACCGGUUCAAGAAUGUCCGGUUCAGCAUGGUCUUGAAAUAACUGGUAAAAUUCCUUUAAAUUUAAAGGGAGUUUACGUUAGAAAUGGAGCAAACCCGUUAUUCGACCCGAUUAACGGUCAUCAUUUGUUUGACGGUGACGGUAUGAUCCACGCCGUUAAAUUGGACCCACAAAAUGAUAAUGCUAGUUACUCUUGCCGGUUCACUCAAACCAAUCGGUUCAUUCAGGAAGCAGCAAUGAACCGGCCGAUUUUUCCUAAACCAAUUGGCGAAUUACAUGGCCAUUUGGGUUUAGUUAGGCUUGCCCUGUUCUUAGCGCGAGCCAGUUUAGGUUUAGUGGAUGCCACUAAAGGAACCGGCGCAGCUAACGCCGGUUUGUUUUUUUUUAACGGAAGGUUAUUAGCUAUGUCAGAAGAUGAUUUACCAUAUUGUGUUUGUAUUAAGAAUGAUGGUGAAUUAGAAACUAACGGACGUUACAAUUUUAACGGACAAAUAAAUGACCCAUUGAUAGCACAUCCAAAAGUGGACCCUACCACAGGUGAAUUUUAUACAUUGAGUUGUAAUGUAUUGAAAAAACCUUACAUUAAAUUCUUUAAGUUUGACACGUGCGGUAAUAAGUCACGUGACAUUUCGAUUUCUCUCCGGACUCCAUCUGUGAUUCAUGACUUUGCCAUCACGGAAAGUCACGUGAUUAUUCCGGAUUAUCAAGUGGUAUUCAAGUUAUCCGAGAUGUUACGGGGUGGAUCGCCAGUAAUUCAUGAUCCGAAUAAGGUCUCUAGGUUCAGUGUGUUGUCAAAAGAGGAUCAUGACGAGUCGAGAAUCAAAUGGAUCGAAGUUCCCAACUGCUUCUGCAUGCAUCUGUGGAACGCGUGGGAGGAGAACCAUGAGGAAUCAGGCGACCAGAUCAUCGUGAUUAUAGGUUCAUGCAUAAGUCCACCAGGCUCGAUAUUUUCAGGAAGUGAUGAGCCCUUAAAAAGCGAACUGACUGAAAUUCGUCUGAAUCUGAAAACAGGUGAGUCAACCAAACGGAUAAUAGUAUCAGAGCUGAAUCUAGAAGCGGGGCAAGUUAAUAAGACUAGACUCGGUCGAAAAACACGAUACACCUUCAUGGCUAUCGCCGAACCAUGGCCAAAAUGUAGUGGCCUAGCAAAAGUCGAUUUAGUCACUGGAAAUAUUACAAAAUUUUUAUAUGGAGAUAAGCGAUAUGGAGGCGAACCUUAUUUCGUACCGAGCACGAAAGAAGGAGAAGAAGAUGAAGGAUACCUUAUAAGUUAUGUGAGAGAUGAAAAGAAAGAAAAAUCUGAAUUAAUUAUAAUUAAUGCUAAAAACAUGAAACAAGUGGCUUUGGUAAAAUUACCUAAAAGAGUGCCAUAUGGUUUUCAUGGUACAUUUGUUAGUUCACAAGAUUUAUGUAAUCAAUCUUCUUGUUAA